GCCCGCCGUCAGCGGCUGAGCACCCAGGAGCAGCUCUGGAUGCUGCUGGCGGCGCGCGCGCUGACGCCGGCGGGCACCGGCGACCUGGCCCUGAGCGUGGACGGAGCGCCGGUGGAGGCGGCCGCGCCGCUGACCCUGCGGCCCGAUGCGGCGGCCCUGGCCGAGGGCGUGACGCUGACCAACCGGGGCGAGGCCGGCCUGCGGGUCACCACGACCCGCGUGGGCGUGCCCGACGCGCCGCUGCCGGCGGCCAGCGAGGGGCUGACCGUCGCGCGGCGCCUGCUGGACUUCCAGGGCCGCGAGAUCGACCCCGGGACGCUGGAGCAGAACGACCAGGCCGUGGUGGUGCUGACCGGCCGGGUGACGGACGGCCGCGCCCAUCAGGCCCUGGUGGUCGACCUGCUGCCGGCCGGCGUCGAGCUGGAGUCCGUGCUGGCCGGGCGCGGCACGGCGAACGACGGCUUCGGCUUCCUGCCGGAGCUGACGGCGCCGCUCUACGAGGCGCGGCGCGACGACCGCUAUGUCGCGGCGCUGGACCUGGCGCCGGAGGGGCGCUUCGUCCUGGCCUAUGUGGUGCGGGCGGUGACGCCGGGCGACUUCGUGCUGCCGGCGCCCUUCGUCGAGGACAUGUACGCGCCGGAGCCGGGCGCGGCGGCGAUGCGGCACGGGCGCGGUCUCUGCCUGCUGGUCUCGGCGGUCCUGCUGCUGGUCGCCGGGGGACGGGUCGGGCUGCUCCAGCUCGACCGCGCCUUCCCGCCGGACCUGAGCCGGGCCGCCGCCACCUCGACGCUGGUCGCCGGCGCCGAGGGCGAGGUGCUGCGGGUCUUCGCCACGCCCGACGAGAAGAUCCGCCUCGGCCCGCCGGGCGACGGGGCGGCGGGGCUUGCCGCAGGGCGCAGCUCGGCGGGGCCGCUCUCGGGGGGAGCGCUCCCGGGGGGGGCGCUCUCGGAGGUCGACCCGCUGUUCCUGAAGCUCCUGGUGGCG